AUGACUGAUGGCGAGGGGAGAGCGCGCUUUCAGUACGCCGAGUGCCAGGAGGGGCAGGAGGAGGUGCAGGAGGAGGUGAGGCUCUCCAUACCGACGCCCUAUGCCCGGGGUCAGGAUGAUGACCCUGGCGGAAGCAGUGAUGAAGAUGAGGAGGAGAAGGAGGAAAUUGAGAGGAGAAGGGGCCGUAGGAGCAGCCGUGGUCAGGGAGGCGAAUGGAGUCCUGAGGUUCAGGAGCGUGAGGAGCAGGAACCCGAGCUGGAGGUGGAAGUUGGACCGACACUGGGAGUUCGCAUCAGGGCUCCUAUCCGGGAUCCAGACUGCGUCUCCGAGGAGGAGGAGCAGCAGCCGUACCCGGCCCUGGUGCCCGUGGCCUUCUUCUGCCUAAAGCAAACCACCAGGCCUCGGAACUGGUGUCUUCGAGUCGUCUGUAACCCGUGGUUCGAGCACGUGUCCAUGCUGGUGAUCCUGCUCAACUGUGUGACUCUGGGGAUGUUCCAGCCCUGUGAAGAUGUCCUCUGCCAGGCCGAGUGGUGCCGCAUCCUCCAGGUGUUGGACGACUGCAUCUUCGCUUUCUUUGCCGUGGAAAUGGUCAUCAAGAUGGUGGCCCUGGGAAUCUUCGGCACCAAUUGUUACCUUGGUGACAAGUGGAACCAGCUUGACUUCGUCAUUGUCAUGGCAGGGGUGAUGGAAUACUCUCUGGAUGGUCACAACGCCAGUCUGUCAGCCAUCCGUACCGUCCGAGUGCUCAGGCCACUGCGGGCGAUCAACAGAGUUCCAAGUAUGCGGAUCCUGGUGACGCUGCUGCUGGACACUCUGCCCAUGUUAGGAAACGUCCUCCUCCUCUGCUUCUUUGUCUUUUUCAUCUUCGGCAUCGUGGGAGUCCAGCUGUGGGCGGGGCUUCUGCGCAACCGCUGCUUCCUGGGAGAGGAUGUAAACACAAUGUACAACAAGUCCCUGGAUCCCUACUACAUGUCCGAGGAGGGCGAGGAGAGCCCGUUCAUCUGCUCAGCGCCGCGAGAGAACGGGAUGCUGCGCUGCCAUGAUCUGCCGCCCUACAUGGAGGAGAAGAUGGAAUGCUCCCUGGAGGCUCCGCAUCAAAGCUCAAACGAUUGCAUAAACUGGAACCGGUAUUAUAAUGUGUGUCGACCCGGGAACUUCAACCCACACAAAGGAUCUGUGAACUUCGACAACAUUGGCUACGCCUGGAUAGCCAUAUUCCAGGUCAUCACACUGGAAGGAUGGGUCGAUAUCAUGUACUAUGUCAUGGACGCACACUCCUUCUACAAUUUUAUAUAUUUUAUACUGCUCAUUAUUGUGGGCUCUUUCUUCAUGAUCAACUUGUGCCUCGUGGUCAUCGCCACCCAGUUCUCUGAGACGAAGCAGAGGGAGAACGCCCUGAUGAGGGAGCAGCGCGCACGCUACAUGUCCAACGACUCCACGCUCGCCAGCUACAGCGAGCCCGGCUCAUGCUACGAGGAGAUGCUACGCUACAUCAGCCACCUGUAUCGCAAGUUCACACGCAGGCUGCAGAGGAUAUACUCUGGAUGGCACAGUAAACGGCGUAAAAAGGUGAACCCUAAUGGAAGCGGUGGCGGCAGUAACGGCGGGGGUAAUGGACACGGCCGCGGCGCAUCGGGCCCCAACAGCGCAUUGUGGCUCAGGCCGAUCCAUAACCUCCUGCAGCACCAUCAGCACCAGCACUGUCGCCUCAGCAACGGUGGGCAGCACACCAUCAGCGUGGGAACCGCCGAGCACACGGACAGAGGGGGAGGAGGGGAGGAGCUGGAGAUGAAGUCGCUUCCUGUGCGGAGAGGAAGUACAAAUGAAAACAACAGCAGCGGUAGCGGUGGCCACCCAGCAGUGGUCAGCCCUGGCAUGGGGGUGUUGCUGGGGCGGCUGAAUGGUGGGAUGAACUAUCCCACCAUCCUGCCGUCGUUUGUGUGCAGCUACAGCAGCAAGACGCCGCCGCCUCACUCCCAGCAGUGCAGGCCGGGCCCGGAGCAGCACCCGACCAAUCACCCGGCGUCUGAACACACGGAGACGCUGAACAAGCUCUACAAGCUCAUGGGACAACACAGUCGCCAGAGGCUGUUGUACCAGCUGGCGGGCGUGGUGCCCAGCCCUCUGCUGCUGGAGCUGCUCAGCUGCCCUUUGUGUGCCCGCAGCCUGGAGACCUUAGAGCUGGAGCUGGGAGACCUGGAGGGAGGAAGAGGAGAGGACGGACUGCACGACUUCCCCCAGAGUGGAGACCUGAGAGGUGGCAGAGGUCGAAGCAGGCGGCGGGGGGUGGUGGAGUACAAAAACGGAGCGGUCCGGGCCUGGGUGAACUUCAGGGAGAAACUGAAGAGGAUCGUGGAGAGUAAAUACUUCAAUCGGGGGAUCAUGAUCGCCAUCCUCGUCAACACCCUCAGCAUGGGGAUCGAGUACCACGAGCAGCCCGAGCAGCUGACUGAUGUGUUGGAGAUCAGUAACAUCGUCUUCACCAGUAUGUUCGUCUUGGAGAUGGGCUUCAUGCUGCUGGCAUUUGGCUUGUUCGGAUACAUCCGGAACCCGUACAACAUAUUCGACAGCAUCAUCGUUAUCAUCAGCGUGUGGGAGAUCAUCGGCCAGUCAGACGGCGGGCUGUCCGUCCUGCGAACCUUUCGUCUGCUGCGGGUCCUGAAGCUGGUUCGCUUCCUGCCGGCCCUGAGGAGACAGCUGGUGGUCCUGAUGAAGACCAUGGACAACGUGGCCACCUUCUGCAUGCUGCUGAUGCUUUUCAUCUUCACAUUCAGUAUUCUGGGUAUGCAUCUGUUCGGCUGCAAAUUCAGUCACAAAACGGAAGAUGACGACACAAUCCCUGACCGCAAGAACUUUGACUCUUUGCUUUGGGCCAUUGUCACCGUGUUCCAGAUCCUUACCCAGGAGGACUGGAACGUGGUGUUGUAUAACGGCAUGGCCUCUACCUCUCCGUGGGCGGCCCUCUACUUUGUCGCCCUCAUGACAUUUGGCAACUACGUGCUCUUCAACUUGCUGGUGGCCAUCUUGGUCGAGGGCUUCCAGGCUGAGGGUGACGCCAACAGGUCCGAGUCAGACGAUGAGAAGAAAUCAGACAACUUUGAGGAGGACGAGAAGGUCGAGCAGCUCAGAGACACCGAACUGAAGAUGUACUCCCUGAUGAUGACAGCUAACGGUCAUGUGGACCCUCGCGGCUCCAUGGCUCCUCCUAUAAUCAUGCGGACGGCAGCCACACCCAUGCCCACGCCGAAGAGCUCCCUGGGACCCGAAUCCAUCCUCGGGGACGAGCUGGUGGGGAUGCCUCGAUACGGAGAGGUGGGACUCGGGUCGGAGCCGGGAGCUGGUCACUCAGAAUCUCGCCGUGGGAGCUCCGCCUCCAUUGACCCAUUAGCCUAUGACCAGCAUUCUCUGGGCCUCUCGAGUCCCGGACGCCGCUCCCCUCUCCCUCCUCGCUCCUGGGGAAGCCGGCGCUCCAGCUGGAACAGCCUGAGCAGGGCGCCGAGCCUCAAGAGGCGAGACACCAGCGGAGAGAGGGAGAGCCUUCUGUCCGGUGAGGGAGGAGAGGAGGAAGAUGGCGAGGAAGGCAAGGGGGAGGCCGGGAUAAACAACCGAUUACGGCCGGGCUCCUUGGAGCUGCUGCAGGCGUCUACUCUCCUGCCUUCCAUCAUAGCGGAGUACGGGGACUGCAACGGCAGGACCGUGACCUACGACCCCAACGUGAACUCCGACGCCAAGGACGACUCCUCGCCUGAAGAGGAUCUGGACGAUGACAGCUCUCUGUACUACUGGAUCAAGAAGAAGCUCGUUGACAUGAAGCCGCGCUGGUGCAAAGAGCAUGAGGACUGGGCGCUGUACCUGUUCUCUCCAGAAAGCCUAUUGCGUGUUUGGUGCCAAAGUGUGAUCUCUCACAAGAUAUUCGACCAUGUGGUUCUGGUUUUCAUCUUCCUCAACUGCAUCACCAUUGCUCUGGAGAGACCUGCAAUAGGGCUGGCCAGCACGGAGCGAGUCUUUCUGAGCGUGUCCAACUACGUCUUCACUGUGAUCUUCUUGGCUGAAAUGGCCGUUAAGGUUGUAGCUCUGGGUUUCUGCUUCGGGAAGCAGAGCUACCUUCAGUCCAGCUGGAACGUUCUGGACGGUUUGUUGGUGUUUGUGUCUCUGGUCGACAUUCUGGUCUCUGUGGCCUUCAAUGGUGGAAACAAGAUCCUGGGCAUCCUCCGAGUCCUGCGUCUGCUGCGAACUCUACGUCCACUCAGGGUUAUCAGUCGAGCCCCGGGACUGAAGCUGGUAGUGGAGACUCUCAUCACCUCUCUCAGACCCAUCGGGAACAUUGUCCUCAUCUGCUGCGCCUUCUUCAUUGUCUUCGGCAUCUUGGGGGUUCAGCUGUUCAAGGGGAAGUUCUACAUCUGUGAAGGUCUGGACACAAAGAACGUCACCAACAAGUCGGACUGUGUGCCGCCGAAUCUACGCUGGAUACGAAGGAAGUACAACUUUGACAACCUGGUCCAGGCCCUGAUGUCGUUGUUCGUUCUGUCGUGUAAGGACGGCUGGGUCAACAUCAUGUAUGACGGGCUGGAUGCGGUGGGAGUGGACCAACAGCCUGUGAGAAACCACAACCCCUGGAUGCUGCUCUACUUCAUCUCCUUCCUGCUCAUCGUCAGCUUCUUCGUCCUCAACAUGUUUGUCGGCGUCGUGGUGGAGAACUUCCACAAGUGCCGGCAGGACCAGGAGGAGGAGGAGACCCGCCUGCGCGAGGAGAAGAGGCUCAAAAUGAUAGAGAAGAAGCGCAGGAGUAAGGAGAAUGGAGGGGCUGAGGCCAAGCAGAGGCCUUACUACGCAGACUACUCCCCCGUGCGUCUGUCCAUCCACACACUGUGUACCAGCCACUACCUGGACCUCUUCAUCACCUUCAUCAUCUGCAUCAACGUCUUCACCAUGAGCAUCGAGCACUACAAUCAACCGCAGUAUUUGGAGGAUAUCCUGAAGUACUGCAACUACGUGUUCACCGUCAUCUUCGUCAUCGAGACGCUGCUCAAACUUGUGGCAUUUGGGAUACACCGGUUUUUCAAAGACAGGUGGAAUCAGCUGGAUAUAGCUAUCGUGGCGUUGUCCAUCAUGGGCAUCAUCCUGGAGGAGCUGAAAAUGAACGCAGCGCUGCCCAUAAACCCGACGAUCAUCAGAAUCAUGAGAGUGCUCAGGAUAGCAAGAGUGCUGAAACUUCUGAAGAUGGCCAAAGGGAUGAGAGCUCUGCUGGACACGGUCAUGCAAGCGCUACCACAGGUGGGAAACCUCGGCCUCCUCUUCAUGCUGCUCUUCUUCAUCUACGCUGCGCUGGGAGUGGAGCUCUUUGGCAGACUGAAAUGCAGCGACGACAACCCGUGCGAGGGCCUGAGUCGUCACGCAACUUUUGAAAAUUUCGGGAUGGCCUUCCUCACACUGUUCCGUGUGUCCACUGGAGACAACUGGAAUGGGAUUAUGAAAGAUACACUAAGGGAAUGUCAUAAAAGUGACAAGUUCUGUCUCCCCUACCUGCCCAUGGUCUCUCCCAUUUACUUUGUCACCUUCGUGCUCAUGGCCCAGUUCGUCCUGGUCAAUGUGGUGGUGGCUGUUUUGAUGAAGCAUCUCGAGGAAAGCAACAAGGAGGCGAAAGAGGAUGCAGAGAUGGACGCAGAGAUCGCCCUGGAAAUGGCGAUGGAGAGGCAACGCAAACAAAGCACAACGUCCCACAGCAGCUCGGUGGAAGGAGCCUAUGUUGGGCCGUGUCCACAGUCACCUGGAGAGGAGGAAGAAGUCCAGUGUGAAGACCCAGGCCUGCUGUCGUCAAGGAAGAUGUCUGUAUCCAGGAUGCACUCCCUGCCCAACGACAGCUACAUGUUCCGGCCCGUGCGGCCCGCCAGCGCCCCCUAUCCUUUGGAGGAGGUGGAUCUCAGUCCCCAGCACCAGCAUUCAGGCUCAGUGACGUCGGUUCACUCGCAGCCGUGUGAGAGUCGCGCUCUGCUGCAGGUUCCGGACGUUUCCCCCGUUCACCCCCGGUCGCCUCCCGCCCUCACCCUGCCCCGCAUCGCCCCCCCCACAUCCAGCCUGUCUCCCUGCGCCCUGCGCAGACAGGUGGCAGUUAAAGUGGAUUCGGUGGAGUCGCAGGUUUGCGAACAACAGGAGAGGCCGAACCCCGUCCACCGCCCCCCCCCGAGCCCGUCUCCCCUCCCUCCUCACGCCUCCUCCCCAGCCAUCCUCCCUCCGCCUCCUCCUCCUCCCUCCUCUCCCUCAGCCCUCCCCCUCCCACCCGGCUUGGCCUCUGCCUACCCGCCUCCUCCUGCGUCUCCCUCUCCUCUGCCUCCUCACCUGUCCUGCCCCUCUGCCCUCCCUCCUCCUCCGCCGUCUUCUCCCGCGCUUCUCCUCCCCCCGCCUCCCUCUCCGCGCCUCCCUCGGCGCCCCGCCAGCCUCCGGAGACCCCGCCCCCCCUCGGCCGCCUCCCUCUGCGACCCGGCCGACGAGGAGGUGUACCGCAUCACCAGCCGCCGGUGGAGGGACGAGGAGAGCAGAGGGAAGGUGGGCCGCAGCCACUCCCUCUCCCCUUACACCUCUCCGUACUCCCUCGACUCCUCGCCGCUUCCUCCCCCCCCGCUGGCGCCCUCCUCCUCCCGGAGCACGCUCAGUCUGCUGCAGGAGGGACUGAAGGAGCGUGACUUCAGGACGGGCUCGAGCGUCGACCACCAGGCCUUCCUGGACAAGCCGUCAUCCCUCGUCGUUGGUUACCCCGACGACCACCGCCGCCAUUCCAUCGAGGUCUGCCUCCCGCAGGCCGUCACCCCCGACGACGAGCGACCCUUCGCACAAGAGGCCCACCGGUCGGAGAAGGGGGGCCAGGCGUUCCCUGUCAGGGUGCAGUCGGUCGGGGGGGGCCACCGAAAGAAGAAGAUGAGUCCUCCCUGCAUAUCCAUCCACCCGCCCUCAGAGAAGGAACCCCCCCAAACCUCCUCCCCCCCGAAACUUGCAGACUGCAGCAUGAUGCUGAGGCGCCGGACCCCCUCCUACGACUUGACGCCUCACUCGCAGGCGUCCCCCCCGAUGCACACGGCGCUCUCACCCAUCCACAAACCUCUGCAAGCACACUCGCCCACCCACACACUGACGCUCUCCCGGGGGUCUACUCCGACACACACUCAGUCGUACACCCCCCCGCACCCGUCCACACCCACACACCCGCACAUCCCCAUCAGUCCAAACAUCUUCAUCCAGCCUCACGCACCUCUCGGCCCAAACGCCUUCUCCCAGUCGCGCUCCCACUCCCCGGCGGCGAGGCACUCCUCCCUCACGGGCGACUGCAUCCCCCUCCCCCAGUUCACCUUCGACCAGCCCCAGUCCAGAUACAUGAGCGGCCUCUCACCCGGCCUGUCAGACGCUGACACGGCCUCCUGCUCCUCCCCUUUCGACAACCGACUGGGAAGUGCUGCGGGAUUCAGCGCAAAGAACCGGAGGACGGCCCAGUGA